AUGGUGAAAGGCUCAAGUGGGAAAGGCCUACUCGUGAACAUGGUCAAAGGGCACAUCACAACGUGUAUCCACCACUGGGGUAUGCCUCGCAUGGUAGCUAUGCUAGGCCCCGAUCAUGAUGUCAAGCCCUUAACUAAUGGAGAUUAUAAUCCCCAUCGAUUUAGUCCUACAUUGAAAGUGGGAACAGUUACUGCAUAUGCUUUUGUUUGGAUCACAAAAUAUUACACUGAUUCCAAGCAUGAGGCUGUUCGUGUGUUAGCACAUUCUAGUGCUAUGGGUCAUGGAACUAAUAUAAUUGCCAGUUUAGUAGAUGAAACUGGAAAUCCAACUGGUGGUUUAUUUGGCAUAGCUGUAGGAACAAUGGGAAUGCUUAGCACUGAUGCAUAUGUUCUCACCAUGGAUAUGUUUGGUCCUGUAGCUGAUAAUGCUGGUGGUGGAAUUAUGGAGAUGAGUCAGCAGCCUGAAAGUGUUUGGGAGAUCACAGAUGUUUUAGAUGCUGUACGUAACACUACCAAAGCUAUUACUAAAGGAUUUGCUAUUGGUUCUGCCGCACUUGCCACCUUCCUUCUUUCCAGUGCAAUCAUAUCCCUUUUAAACAGUGCCUUUGCCUGCUCUGCUGUUGGAAGAACUGCACAAGAGGUUAAUAAUGAAGUUCGUAGACAAUUUAUUGAGAGGCCUGGUAUAAUGGUGAGUAGCCCAACAUCUCAUGUCAGAGAAAGCCAGACUACAUUUGCCAUUGUGGUAUCUGCAUCAUUACAAGAAAUGAUAAAACCUGGUGCUUGGGCAACUAUAUCUCCAGUGGUAAUUGGUGUCUUAGGACUUUUCUUCAGGUUAUUGGGCCACUAUACUGGUCAGCAGCUUCUUGGAGCCAAAGUUGUGGCUUUGAUGCUUAUGUUUGCAACAGUUGUUGGUAUUCUUUUGGCUCUGUUUCUAAAUACUGCUGGCAGUGCUUGGGAUAAUUCAAAGAAAUAUAUAGAGACUGGUGCACUUGGGAGGCAAAGCUAA